UAAGGCUAAAAAUUAUACCUUACAUGAUUAUUAUGAUGUCUAUUCUAGUGAUAAAACUUUUUGUAGUCUGUGUACAAGUUGGUGACUUUUAGAUUAUAUUGAAUUUAUCUUCCCAUCAAUUUUUAAAAAUAUUAUAAUAUAAACUACAGAAUGGCAAUUAUUCGCUUUUAUCGAAAAACAGAAUAUUUACCAAAUUCUGAGUACUUCAAAAUUCUACAGCUUAAGUCAAUAUCAUCUGACUUAAUUGAUAUUCAAAUUGAAAAUUGUUUUUACAUUGAUGCUGGAAACCAAGAUAAUUUAUCUGUUGAUUCAUUAAAGAAGCUAGAAUGGUUGUUGGCUGACCCUUAUCAUAAAACUGGAUUAAGUACCUUAAGUUUUCUAGAUGAAAAAUUAAAUGAUUAUUUGAUAGAAGUGGGUCCAAGGUUGAAUUUUUCAACACCCUUUUCUAGUAAUGUUAUAUCCAUUUGUAAAACAAUAGAUUUAAAUUUUAUAAAAAGGUUUGAGAAGUCAACUCGUUAUUUACUAUCUUUUUCUAAAGAAGGAAUUGUUACUUCUGAAUUUAUUGAUCAGAUUAAAAAUAUUCUUCAUGAUCAAAUGGUUGAAACUAUUUAUUCAACACCAUUAGAAUCGUUUGAAAUUAAAAAAUCUAAAGAUAAUUGGUAUGAAGUAGAUAUAUUGAAUAAAGGAAUGGAUGCUAUGAUUGAUGUCAAUGAAAAACUAGGUUUAGCAUUUGAUAAAUGGGAUAUAGAAAACUAUACUAAUAUGUUUUUAAAAUUAAAACGAAAUCCAACAAAUGUUGAAUGUUUUGAUUUAGCUCAAUCUAAUUCUGAACAUAGUCGUCAUUGGUUUUUCAAGGGUCAUCUAAGGAUUAAUGGAGAACCUAUAAAAAUGUCUCUUUUUGAUAUGAUUAUGGAAACUCAAAAUUUUUCUAAUGCAAAUAAUGUAAUUAAAUUUUGUGAUAAUAGCAGUGCUAUAAAAGGAUUUACUGUAAAACAUAUAAUACCAAAUGAUUCUUCUAGUCCUAGUAAAUACAUUCCUCUACAGUCAAAUUUUAAUUUAGUAUUUACUGCUGAAACACAUAAUUUUCCUACUGGAGUUGAACCUUUCAGUGGUGCUUCAACUGGGACUGGAGGAAGAAUUAGAGAUGUGCAAGCUGUUGGCAGAGGAGGACAUUGUAUUGCUGGAACUGCAGCAUACUGUGUUGGAAAUCUAUUCAUUCCAGGAUAUGAUUUGCCUUGGGAAGAUCCAUCUAUGAAAUAUCCCUCAAAUUUUGCAAAACCUCUCAAAGUACUAAUAGAAGCAUCCAAUGGGGCUUCUGAUUAUGGAAAUAAAUUUGGUGAACCUAUAAUUUGUGGGUUUGUUAGGUCAUUUGGUAUGGUUUUUAAUGAUGAACGCCGUGAAUGGAUUAAACCUAUAAUGUUUACUGGAGGACUUGGUACUAUGCUAGAAAAAUAUACUGAAAAAAAAAGGCCUGAAAAAGGGUUGCAAGUUGUAAAAAUAGGUGGUCCAGUUUAUAGAAUUGGAUUAGGAGGAAGUUCAGCAAGUUCAUUUCAAGUACAAGGUGUUAAUAAAUCUAGCUUAGAAUUUGAGGCUGUUCAAAGAGGAGAUCCAGAAAUGGAACAAAAGAUGAAUCGAGUAAUUAGAGCUUGUAUAGAAAGCUCAAAACAUAAUCCAAUACUCAGUAUUCAUGAUCAAGGAGCUGGUGGAAAUGGUAUUAAAAAUUAUGUUUUUAUUUUUAUAAUAAUUGUGGUAAAUAGCUAUAAUAAUUNUAAUGCAAUACUAUGCGAAGAAAAAGAUUUGAAAUUUUUAAAUAAAAUUUCUUUACGUGAAAAAUGUCCAGUUUUACCUGUGGGAGUUGUUACGGGAGAUGGAAAAGUAAUUCUUGCGGAAGAUGAUUAUAUUGAUUGUAAAAAUAGGAAACAUCCUGUAAAUUUGGAUCUUGAUGUUGUGUUGAAUAAAGUCCCCCAAAAAGUGUUUGACUUAACUUCAAAGUCAAAAAAGUUAACAUGUGUUAAUUUAUCCGGUAUUAUACUUUUUGAAGCAUUAGAUAAAGUUUUAAGAUUACCUUCUGUGUCUAGUAAAAGAUACUUGACUAACAAAGUUGAUCGAUCAGUAACUGGUCAAAUAGCUCAACAACAAUGUGUUGGUCCUCUACAUACUCCUCUUAGUGAUGUGGCUGUUACUGUUGUUUCUCUACUAGAUACAGUUGGUAUAGCUACGUCAAUAGGCGAACAACCUAUCAAAGGAUUAUUAAAUUCUGCUGUUGGAGCAAGAAUGGCAGUAGCUGAAUCAGUAACUAAUCUAGUAUUUGCUCCUAUAUCAUCAUUAGAGGAUGUUAAAUGUAGUGGUAACUGGAUGUGGCCCGCUAAAUUAAUUGGUGAAGGCACUGAACUAUUUUAUGCUUGUAAAGCUAUGUGUGAUGUAAUGAAAGUAUUAGGUAUUGCAAUUGAUGGCGGAAAAGAUUCUUUAAGUAUGGCUGCAAAGGUCGACAAUGAAAAUGUGAAAGGACCUGGAUCAAUUGUAAUAUCAACAUAUGCUCCGUGUAUUGAUGUGAGUAUUAUAGUUACUCCUGAUUUAAAAGGACCUAGACAAAAUUUUAUAAAAAAAACUGAAAGUUACCUUUUGUUGAUUGACUUAUCUAAUGGUAAUAAACGUCUUGGUGGAUCAGCUUUAGCUCAGUGUUAUGGACAGCUUGGUGACAUUUCACCAGAUUUAGAUGAUCCUCAUUUAUUAAAGAAAGCUUUUGAAGAUGUUCAAACAUUAGUGAAGGAUAAAAAAUUACUAUCAGGUCAUGAUAUAAGUGAUGGAGGCUUAAUAACAUGUAUUUUGGAAAUGGCUUUUGCUGGAUAUAGUGGAUUCCAUGUUGAUUUAAAUAAGAUACCAAAUCCUAAUUGUGCAAGUGAUAUUGAAAUUUUAUUUGCUGAGGAAUGUGGUUGGGUAUUAGAAGUUGAAGAAAUAUAUGUUGAAGAUGUUCUUUCAAUUAUUAGAGCACCUACAUUUAUAAUUGGGAGAACAAUUAUGUAUGGAAAUGAAUCUCGUAUAAUAAUAGAAAAUAAUGGAAAUAUUAUUAUUGAUCAUAAAAUGAUAGAUUUAUUUAAAAUAUGGGAAAAAACUAGUUAUGAGAUAGAAAAAAUUCAAUCAAAUAAAAAUACUGCUUCUCAAGAGUAUGAAAUACUUUCAUAUAGAUCGGGACCAGUUUAUUCUGCUGAUUUUAUUGUUACAAAUCCUAUACUUAGUGAUAAUCGUCCAAAAGUGGCAGUUCUUCGUGAAGAAGGAACUAAUGGUGAUCGUGAAAUGAGUGUUGCAUUGUUUAUUUCUGGUUUUGAUGUUUGGGAUAUAACUGUUCAAGAUCUCUUAUAUAACCAUGUUAAUAUCGAGCAAUUUAGAGGCUUGAUAUUCCCAGGAGGUUUUAGUUAUGGAGAUGUUUUGGGUUCAGCUAAAGGAUGGGCUGCAAGUUUGGCUUUUCAUCCAGAAGUUAAAAAAAGUUUAGAAUAUUUUAUGGCUAAAGACAAUACAUUCAGUCUUGGGAUUUGUAAUGGGUGUCAACUAAUGUGCUGUCUUGGCUUAGUUGGUGAUAUAAAAAGCAAUAAUUCUUUCAAUAUUGAAUCUCCAUCUGUAGUUUUAGCUCAUAAUAAAUCUGGGAAAUUUGAGAGUCGCUUUAGUACUGUCAAAAUCAAUCCUUCCAAUUCUUUAAUGUUCAAAAAUAUGGAAGAAAGUAUCCUUGGUGUUUGGGUUGCUCAUGCUGAAGGACGGUUUGAAUUUAAAAAUGAGAAUGUUAAAAGGUCCUUAAUAAAAAAUAAUUGUAUUCCUUUAAAAUAUGUUGAUGAUCAAAAAUUACCAACUGAAAAUUAUCCAAUGAAUCCUAAUGGAACAUCUGAUGGUAUAGCUAGUAUAUGUUCCAAGGACGGAAGACACUUAGCUAUCAUGCCUCACCCAGAAAGAAGUAUUUUUAAGUGGCAAUGGCCAUAUACAUAUGGCUUAGAUUGUUCAAAAAAAGAUAACUUUGCUCCAUGGAUGCAAAUGUUUUUCAAUGCUUAUAACUGGUGUUUAAAAAAUUGAAUGAUAUGUAGUCAUUUCUGCUUAAAAUUUAUUUAUUAAAUUUGAAUUAAUAAAUAAAUUUGAAUUUUUACUUAAAAUAAUUAUGAGAACCAAUAAAAAUGAGGUUUUGUUAAAUUUUUUAAUGUUAUGUUUAAAUAAAAUUCAGACAAAAAGAAUUA